CUGAAGCGGUUGGUGGCGGAUCUUGGAGAGAAGAGAUGGGCUCAGAUUGCUAAGAAAAUGGCCAGAAGAGUAGGAAAACAGUGUAGAGAAAGAUGGCUUAAUCAUUUGCGUCCGAAUAUCAAGAAGGACAACUGGAACGAAGAAGAGGAAAAGCUAUUAAUCCGCGUUCACAAGGAAGUUGGCAAUCGUUGGGCGGAAAUUGCCAAGAAAAUUCCAGGCAGGACCGAGAAUUCCAUCAAGAAUCACUGGAAUGCCACCAAAAGGAGGAAAAAUUCUAGGAGGAGCAAGAAAUCACAAGGGCAAAAUGGGAACAAUAAUCAGCCCUCCGAACUCCAGGUGUACAUCAAAGGUCUCACUCUUCCUCCUCAACCCGAAAAUGAUAGUUCUUCUUCCUUAAGCACCGGAGCCACUAGUAAUGCCGGCAGUAUUCCGCCGUACUCCGCUGUCUCCAAUGACCUCAUUGGUUCAGAUUAUACAGAGCCAUCCCUAUCGGAUGAAUCUGCAUUCCUUUUAGGCACGCAAGAUUCAUUUGAUGAUGAACUGAAGUUCAUCCAAGAGUUUUUCGCGGAUGACCCUAGCCCUCUCCCCACCAACCUGAAUAGCAACAUUACAACGAGCUAGCUUUGAUGAGCUAGCUUCAGUUUUUUAUGGCUUGCUUUUCUGCCAUGUUCAACCCAACUAUCUAGAACGAAAACUUUGUUGUAUUG